CCCGUCUCCACCAUCACUCCCUCAGUAAACGCCAAGAUGACGUCCAGACGCCAUAGCAACGUGCAGUUAUGGGCAACACUUGUCGAUUACUCUGACGUCGACGAGAGCGAAUAUCGCUUCCUGGUCGACGGGAAGCACGUCAAGUAUGUCACCGUCGACCCCGGCGUCUUGCCAAAGGAUGAUGGGACAUUAGCGCCCAUAUUACUUCCGCGGCUGCCCCCCUUUCCACCCGGCGACUGGAACGAGGGCCACAUCUCCAAGGACCCUUUGACAGGGCACACAAUCUUCUCCCUUUGCCGAGCCGAGACAACAGCGUACGAAUGGAUAGAUGGCAAAGGGGUGCGUCCCAAGUUCCUCGGUCAUUUGACCGAGGCCGGGAGGGUCAUCGGGUUCGUGAUGGAGUACAUAGACGACGCGAGGUCCGCUCAGACCGGAGACCUGGCGGCCUGCCAAGCCGUUCUAGCCAAGCUGCAUUCUCAAGGGAUCAAGCAUGGCGACAUGGCUGCAGGCGAAAUUGCUGGGCCGAAGCAAUGCUACAGAGGUUCCUCGAUACCGCCAACCGCUUCGAAUCCCCCACGCACAAGUGCGAUGAGAUGA